UACUGCUUCGUCUGGGCAUCUCUGACUCAACACAUCGCAGCAGGAGGCUCGAAUCCUUACGGCGCCUGGGGUCAUUCUUAUGGAGGCUAUCAGAAUGGAUGGGGUUCUGAAUCUUCCUCCGCCUGGCAAGAGUCUGCAUCGUCGGUCCAGACUCUGAGCUCGGCGACUCCUGCUACCAGCAAUGUCAAGCCUCCAUAUGUAUGGCAAGACACAUCGUCUUCUUCCUGGUCCACCACCGGAGCUGUCACUUCCAGCGUCUCUUCCACAGAAUCGAUAACAACAUCUUCAACCAUCGCUACUUCGGCGCCUUAUUCUGCGAGCAACUUGAGUGUCCCCGACAACUCCGCAUCUCCCUCCAAGACUGACACCGCACUCACUAGCCAUGCUUCCUCAACAACUGGCAAUACAGUGGCAUAUGACUGGAACAUCGAGUGGGUGAUUGCUGCACCUGAUGGAAUAGCUCGUCCUGUAAUCGGCGUUAACGGCNCAUGUCCAUCCAUCGAUGUUAUGACAGGAGACCGUGUGGUUGUAAACGUCUACAAUGGCCUCGGGAACGAGAGCACAGCACUUCACUGGCACGGUAUUCACCAGAGAGGCACAAAUCAUAUGGAUGGGGCGACUGGAACCACUCAAUGUCCGAUAGCCCCUGGCCAGAGCUUUACGUAUGACUGGAUUUACCCUGACGGCCUUUGGGGACCACUCAUCGUUCGUGAUCCAAACCCGCCUUAUCAGUACGACGAAGAGCUCAUCAUAACGCUCUCGGAUUGGUACAACGAUCAAAUGCCUUACAUAAUUCAUCAGUAUCAAUCCACUGCUGGCGAAGCAGAGGAUGGCACUCCGAAUCCAGUAGGAGGAGCCUUGAUCAAUUCUGGAAAGAACGUCUCAAUUCAUGUCAAGCCAAGUACCACUUAUCUAGUUCGUAUCAUCUGCCCCGCUGCUUUCACUGGUCACGGUUGGGUCUUCGAUGGUCAUAAUCAAACGACUGUAGAGGUCGACGGUGUAUACACUGUACCUGUUGUUGCUACCGCUGGGGGCAAGAACGUUCGAAUCGCUCCUGGACAAAGACAAGCAUUCCUGAUGAGAACCAAGGACGAGACAAGCAAAAACUACGCCAUUCUUGAUUUCCAGGAUCCCAACAUGUUGUUCAUCAACAAAGGCCUCACACCCGAUCCUGUCUACCCACUCAACGCCACCGCCUGGUUGGUUUACAACACCAGUGCAGAUUACCCACCACCACCAGUCUUGUACAACCUUGGAAAUGACGACUUCUUUGACGAUGUCGAUUACGUUCCGUUGGAUCGGGAACCUCUUCUCGAACCAGUCGAUCGACAGUUGGUCAUCGAUAUGUCUAUGGAGAAUAUCACCGGCAUCUCCAGAUACAUUUUGAACGGCCACACAUUUUUAGGUGCCAAAGUGCCUACGCUGUACUCAUCUCUCACUGUCAAUGAGACUGAAGUAUCAAACCCAGAUAUUUAUGGAGAUGUCAAUCCUUACGUCUUCAAAUACGGCGAAGUCGUCGAAGUGGUUAUGAACAAUUUGCACUCCAAUCUCUUCCAAAUCAUUGAAAGAUCAGACCCCAGAGCUGGUACAUUCAGUGGUUCAUACUCGAACUUACCAGCCACGCCGAUCAGAAGAGAUACGGUCAUGGUUCAGAACGAGGGCUAUGCUGUGGUCAGAUUUAAGGCUGACAAUCCAGGUUGGUACAAGGAGAUUGAUGCUGGCUUCAGCGCUACUUUCAUUGAAGCUCCAGAGGAACUCGCUGCCAGUGAUUUCACUCUCCCGGCAGAUCACAUCAACGCCUGCAAGACCUAUCCUAUGGACUACGUAGGCAAUGCUGCUGGCAAUGACUACAAUGCUCUGAACUUGACAGGCGCGCCCACCACAGUUCCCACGGUUGCAUGGGNNGUGCUAUAUAUCCACCUGCUGAGACCGAAGCCCACAGUUAGACUUUGUAUCGAG